CACUAAGGUCAAGUGAGUAUAUAAAGGCAUAUGUUUGCAAAGAGAUUGGGAUCGAUUCAAACCUUCGGGUAUAGAACCUUCAUACAAGGAAUAACAUCGAGGAAAUUUCUGCAAACCGGACGGCGGACCAUAUCAGUUUCUAGAAUCAAUAUGGCUAUUGCGGCAGUAGGUCAGAUAUGCUCCACGGCGAGCAUGGCGCACAAUCUCAAGCAAUGUCGUCAACUCGUCGCCAAAGCAUCUGCAGCAGGCGCAAAGGCUCUCUUCCUGCCGGAAGCCAGCGAUUACAUCGGCUCUUCGCCUGACGAGACCAUCUCCCUGGCUAAGCCCGUAACGGAGAGUGAAUUUGUGCUCGGCCUGCAAGACGAAGCCCGCAAUGCCAAGUUGCCCAUCAACGUCGGCGUGCAUGAGCCAGGCGAUAACGGGAAGAAGGUCAAAAACACGCUGCUCUGGAUCAACGAAGAGGGAAAAAUCGUGCAGCGCUACCAAAAGCUGCACCUCUUCGACGUCGAUGUCAAAGAUGGCCCGAAAAUGAAAGAGAGCGAUAGCGUCGAAAGAGGCGAUUCAAUUCUGCCACCGUUCUCGACACCCGUUGGCAAGGCUGGUUUAUUGAUUUGUUUUGAUUUGAGAUUCCCCGAGCCUGGGCUUGCACUGCGUCGGCAAGGCGCGCAACUCAUCACCUACCCGUCCGCGUUCACCGUGCCGACGGGCCGCGCGCAUUGGGCGGCACUGCUGCGCGCCCGCGCCAUCGAGACGCAAUCGUACGUUAUUGCGGCCGCGCAGGCCGGCUUCCACAACGCCAAGCGCUGCAGCUACGGGCACAGCAUGGUUGUGUCGCCGUGGGGUGAGGUGCUUACGGAGCUGGGCGGCGUGGACCACACGGAAGGGAAUGAGGGCGUCCAAUUGGAGCCUGAGAUUGCGCUUGCUGAUAUCGACUUGGACUACGUGGAGAAGAUCAGGAGGGAAAUUCCGCUGCUGAGGAGAACCGACGUGUAUCCUGAGGUAUGAAGGGUUGUCUUGGGUAGAGCGUGGAGUAAGAGUUUGCGGU